AGUCCUCCAAAGACAAUGUGCGGUUCUGUUCAGUGUGUGUACUACUUGUCUUGCAGGCGAUCAACAUUGGACCAGGUCGCUAAAGAUGUAAUUUCAGGUUUCUGCUAUUUUUUAUAAUUUUAAACCUACUGAAGACAUCGUGGAAGACGUUUGAAUAUUGUUUACCUCGGAACGUAUUUUAUCUUCAUGUAAUAAGGUGAGAAUGUCAACUCUGAUCAAGACCUAACUAUGGUUUCGCUAACGUUAGAUAACUUAGCUAGCUAUUUUGAUUGUAGUAGCUAACAGUUAACGUUAGAUAGCUAACGGUACAUGUUUAUGUUUUUUAAUUAUCAAGUUAUCAGCAUUGACAUUGGCAAGUGAAGCAUUGUUGUUGCAUGGCAAGAGUGUAAAGCCAGGGAUUUAUGUUUUUUUGUGUGAAUCUAGCUAGCUAGCGAGAUACAGUGUAAUAUUAAUUGGUCAGUUCGUGUUUCGUACAUGUGAGACCCAUCUUUUGCCAGGCUUGUGUCAGGCAGAAUAAAUCCAUGAGCGCAUUCGGAACCUAGUGCCCUAGUCUAGUGGAGGCACGUUGCCUUCACUGUCGUCAACAAUAAUAUCCCACACCGGUGUCAUCCUGUUACUUACAGUAAACCCUCAAGACAUGCCAGAUAGGGAAAUGGACUACAAAGUCAGUUUCUCUAGCAUUUGUCACCUGUUAUUGUCAGUUAACUGUUCUUGACAGUGAUUUUAUUUUUAUGGUCGAUUUCUUAUAUAUGGAGAUCAAGUUCUUUGAGCCUGUCCAUACUUGGAUACACAUGACUUUAAGCGACUUGAAAUCAAUCCAUUUAGUUGUGUACAUAUGCAAUUUGAGUGAACUAUAGCAUCUACAGUGGUGUGGUUUUUAUUGAUGUUUUAGUGAAGUUAGAUGUACUACUCAGUGUUUACACAGAUGUAUGACUCAUGAUCUCAUUUGACUCACCACUCAUGAUUGUGAAUUAUUUCUUCUAGCAGGUAUUCUGCCAAACCAUCUAGUGCACUGAGUGUGGACGCACGAGGAAGAGCAAACUGACAAAGAAAGGCUCACCCCUCUUCUCUUCAAUUGGCCUGUCAGGUUCAUAAGCUUUGGAUUGACAAAAAAACUCAAGAUCAAUGAGAUACUGUCCAAACUUUGUCCAUAUCUUCUCUCUCAUUUUUGCUUUUCUAAGCCAUGACUCAAUCUAAGUUUAGUAGCCCCGCCUAGUGGCAGGGUAUCACAGCUCUUUGUUUUGACAGAUACUUUUUGUCAAACAGCAAUAGUCAAUCACUCAUACUGCUUAUUAUGAGUGAUGAGAAUGCAUACACCACUUCUGGAAAGGACACUAGUGGAGUAAGUUUAGCAGAAGAUGCGGUGGCGGGACAAGAGGCGGGCUCCCAGUCCCCUGAGUCUGGACUGAGUCAAACUGGCAGCUCCAAUGGAAAUGGAAAGAGAACUCGGUCUGGGGGCAAGUCCUCAAACUCUGAUGACACUGAUGCCCACUCGAGCGGGAACGACUCAGCCGAGAGAGAAGUGGAAGGACACAUGGGGCACGAGGCAUCAACCUGCAGCAGCUCCCAUAAUGGGAAGGACUCUGCCAUGGAGACAACAGAGAGCAAAAGGUAACACGUUUAACAGAAUACAUACUCCAAACACCACAACCAUUUUCAGAUGGUUGCCAGUAGACACAGAUUAUAAUAUGAAAGUAUCUGCUCAGCAGUGAUAAUAACAUCAUGUUAUUUUGCCCAGCUCCAACUCCCACAGCCCUUCCCCUCCCAACAGCUCGAUGGUCUAUAGCCUGCUGAGUGGCAGCUCGGAGCAGGACCACCCGUCCACCAGCGGCUGCAGCAGUGACCAGCCGUCCCGGCUGCAGACCCAGAGAGAGCUGCUCAAGGCCCUGAAGGAGCUGAAGAUCCGCAUGCCUGCAGACCACCGGACGAAAGGCCGCUCCAGCACUCUGGCCUCCCUGCAGUACGCGCUCAACUGUGUCAAACAAGUCAGAGGUAAAAUACAGCCUUUUGAGCAUGCCUUUUGCUACAUGUAUACUGUGAGGCUUUAGCAUGAAAUAGCAAGACUACUAUCUAUCUAUACUAGCUAUUUAUACUAAUGUGUGUGUGUGUGUUUUUAGCGAAUCAGGAGUAUUACCACCAGUGGAGUGUGGAGGAGAGCCACGGUUGCAGUCUAGACCUCUCAGCCUUCACUACAGAGGAACUGGACAACAUCACUUCUGAAUACACACUCCAAAACACGGUAGGAACUAGAGAACAAUCUUAAUCUACUAGAACCAGACCAACGGCUCUUAAUCCCAACUGAACAUUGUUCUGACCUCCCUUGUUUCUUCUCUCCUGUACAGGACACAUUCUCUGUGGGAGUGUCGUUCCUCUCUGGGAAGGUGGUGUACAUCUCCCCCCAGGCCUCUCCCAUGCUGCGCACUAAGCCUGAGCGACUACAGGGGGCGCUCUUCUCUGAGCUGCUGGCCCCACAGGACGUCAGCACUUUCUACAGCAGCACGGCUCCAUGCCGCCUGCCCCCCUGGGCCUCCUGUACUGGCUCCAGUAAGUUUCCACACCUCUAAUUUAGCUCUGAAUUCACAUGGAAUGGAUGAUCACAUUUGUGUAUGUGAUAUAAAUAUUGCUGUGGUGCUAAUGCCUCCCCUCUCUCUAUCUCCCUCAGUGACCUCCCCUGUGGACUGCACCCAGGAGAAAUCCAUGUUCUGCCGUAUCAGUGGUGGGAGGGACAGCAAGGGGGAGGUGCGGUACUACCCCUUCCGAAUGACCCCCUACCAGCUAACUCUGCGGGACUCUGAUAUGCCACAGCCCUGCUGCCUGCUCAUCGCUGAGAAGGUGCACUCAGGAUACGAAGCUCCCCGUAUCCCAGCUGACAAGAGGAUUUUCACCACUAGCCACACCCCUAGCUGUCUCUUUCAGGAAGUCGAUGAAAGGGCUGUGCCGUUGCUAGGCUACCUGCCCCAGGACCUGGUUGGGACCCCUGUCCUCAUGUACCUCCACCCUGAUGACCGGCCUGUCAUGGUGGCCAUCCACAAGAAGAGUGAGUACUCUUGUCCAACAGUCAUGCCUUAUACAUUCUGUAAAUAUUUAUUAACCGGCAAAUGGAUGAAUGAUUAUGCGCUUAUACUCCAUCAAAGUUUUAACAUAUUUGGUUCUCCCCUUAGUUCUCCAGUCAGCGGGGAAGCCCUUUGAACACUCGCCCCUUCGGAUGUGUGCCAGGAACGGGGAGUAUCUCACCAUAGAUACCAGCUGGUCCUCUUUCGUUAACCCCUGGAGCCGCAAAGUGGCCUUCAUCGUUGGUCGACACAAAGUCAGAACGUGAGUAGUUAACCUCUCUGCUACAUCAAUGACCUUCACAACCUUGCAAUAGCACAUUUGAACUGCUCUGUAACCUAUUUGUGUAGCUAUCAAGCAAUACAAUUGUCUUGGUCUAAACCCUAUUCCCCUGUCCUUCUCCCUUCAUCUACAGGAGUCCCCUGAACGAGGAUGUGUUCACGCCUACUAUGGAGGUGGAGGCGCGGCCCAUGUCACCAGAGAUCCCCAGGCUCAGUGAGCAGAUCCACCGUGUGCUGGUGCAGCCCGUCCACAGUGGUGGCUCCCAGGGCUACUGCAGCUCCCACGGAUCCCAGCCACAGAGGCCCAGCCCGGGCUCCUCGUCAGGCAGCAACAGCCCCUCCACCAAGGAGCUCAUCCUGAAGACCAUCCAGAGACCAGUGAGUACUAAAACAAUCAUAAUUUCACGCAUGUUUUAAUUGUCUGUUUUAUCAGGUAACAAGAUUUGAACAGGGUCAUUUUAGUUUGUAACUAGUAGUUUGUGACUAGUUUGUAACUCCAGGCCUAAUUCUCUCCUAUCUCUGUUCCACAGCAGCAGAUGACAUUCCAGCAGAUCUGUAAGGACGUCCACAUGGUGAAGACCAAUGGUCAGCAGGUCUUCACCAAGUCCCGCAACCGCCCAGCACUCCGCAAACAUGCCAGCACUGGUAAACACUUGGAAUUAUUAAAAAAAAUAUGAGAGUUUAAGAGUUUCAUUAUUUUGUUCUAUAAAAUAUCUGAAAUGUCACAAUUAGAAAUGUAAAACCGAGAUAUGUAUAACCGGUGAUUCUAACAGUACUUUAUUUUAUUAUUCUCAGGAGCCCUGGUGGUGCCAGAGAAUUUGAACAAGGACUUGGGACCUAUUGGAGCUCUGGGGCCAAUUAAAACCCUGGCCUCAGUGCAGCCAAGGAAAGACCCAUCAGCCGACUAUUCCUACCAGCAGAUCAACUGUCUGGACAGCAUCGCACGCUACCUGGAGAGCUGCAACGUCCCCAACACAGUGAAGAGGAAAUGUGGCUCCUCCUCCUGCACCACAUCAUCAACGUCAGAUGAUGACAAGCAGAGGGAGUUGCCUGGAACUGCUAAAGGUACACAAUACAGAUCAUAUUGAAACACAUCAAAUAAUGUUUUUUUCCCUAUGCCUUUUUUUAUGCUCUCCAUGUAUUUUUGGUGUCUUAACUGUGUGUUUCCCUACAGAUCUCGAAGGGCCCCAGGGUAAUGAAGGGUCUAAAAGGGGGCCACAUAUGAGUCCUCUGGCGCUGCACUGCAAGGCUGAGAGUGUGGUCUCUGUCACGUCCCAAUGCAGCUUCAGCAGCACUAUUGUCCACGUAGGGGACAAGAAGCCCCCAGAGUCAGGUAGGAUACAUCCUGACUGUUUGUUUGUUUACCUCUGUCUUCUUUACCUCCGUCUCUAUCUUCUUUACCUCUGUCUCUGUCAUCUUUACCUCUGUCUCUGUUUUCUAUACCUCUGUCUUCUUUACCUCCGUCUCUGUCUUCUUUACCUCUGUCUCUGUCUUCUUUACCUCUGUCUCUGUCAUCUUUACCUCUGUCUCUGUUUUCUAUACCUCUGUCUUCUUUACCUCCGUCUCUAUCUUCUUUACCUCUGUCUGUCUUCUUUACCUCUGUCUUCUUUACCUCUGUCUUCUUUAUCUCUGUCUUCUUUACCUCCGUCUCUUCUCUCUCCUCUGAUAUAUUGUCAACCUUAUUCCCUGCAGAUAUUGUAAUGAUGGAGGAGACACCAGCCACCCCCACUCUCACCGUCACCUCUCCAGCCCCAGCCACUAACAACACCAUCACGACGGCAGUGACCCCCCGACCAUCGGCCCUGCCCAGCCCGGCACCAUCCAGCCCUGCCCAGCCCGAGAGGGACGGUCGCAGGUCAGCUGGAUGCUCAGGCCGCCUAGGUCUGACCAAGGAGGUGCUGUCUGCCCACACCCAGCAGGAGGAACAGGCGUUCCUGAGCCGCUUCAGAGACCUGGGACAGCUACGUGUGCUGGAUCCCGGCCCUCCUUCUCUGAGAGGACACACCACCACACCCAAAGGUAAGACGGACACUUCAAGUGGAGAUGUUGUUUCUAUUAUGACUGUGAAAUAUUAUGAAUGAGAGUCCAUAGUUUCCCCGUGCAGCUCACCCCUGUGUUCUCGCUCUUUCUCUGUGUCUGUCCGUCUCUGUGUCUCUCCCUCUCUAUGUGUCUCUGUCUCAGGAGUGCGCAGUUCGCAGGACUACCCAGCAGGCGGUAAUGGACGGAGGAGGGGCCGCGGGGGCAAGAGGCUGAAGCACCAGCAGGAGGGUUCCCAGCAUGGGGGCCGCCCCCAGUCUGGCUCAGGGAUGAACGGUAGUUCCAGAAGGGAAGGGCAGGGGCGUCAAGGCCUCAUGUUCCCCAUGGGUCAACCCCUGAUGAUGCAGGGACCCCUGACCUCAUCCUCCUCCUGGCCCACCUCUGUGGCCUCUCAGGCCAGCCUCCCUCCUGCCGUGGCCCAGUACCCUCCAGGAGUCCUGCCCUUUUUCCCCCUCUACCCCAACGUGCAACAACCACUCCUGGCCCACACCGGAGUGAACCCCAAUGCCAUGCAGAUGGGCUACCCCAGCCCCCAGCCAGGCUUACAGUACCCCCUGCAUGCCAACCAGAUGCCCAUGACGAUGCCUCCCCCAAUGAUGGUUGUUCUGCCCAACUACAUAAUCCCUCACCUCAACGGAGGUGUAACACAGCUCAAUACAGCCAUACCGCACCUUAGCCCCGGUAUCCAUGGUAUGGCACAACUUAACCAGGCACUACCGCAGUUCAACCAGGCUAUCCCACUACCACAACUCAAUCCUGGAUUGGCUCAGUUCAACCCCGCUAUGACACAGAUGAAUGGCAUGCCUCAUGUGAGUCCCACCCUAGCUCAACUCAACCUGUCACAGGUCAAUCCUUUGUCGAUGAUCCCCCAACACUUUUACAAUCCCAACCCAACAUUACCUUUCCCAAAUCCCAUUCCGAUUUCCGGGCUUCCUGGCUUUGCCUUACCCGAGAUGGAUCCCACCUUCGUCCAUCGCGGCAACUCCCGCUCCUGCACCCCUCAGUCCACGUGCCAAGUGCCCCUGGAGGGGACUGACUCGCCCCUCUUCCAGUCCCGAUGCUCCUCCCCCCUCAACCUACUGCAACUGGAGGAGUUGCCAGGCAACCGUCAGGAGGGCAUGUCGACAGGGGCGCAGCAGACCCUGCCCCCACCUGGCUCGGUGUCUCAGGUCGGAGGUCAAGGCUCUGUUAACCGCAGCAGCAUGAAGGGUGACGCCAAAGAGGACGAUAACGUGAGUUUUAAACUGCAAUCCAUUUAGAAAAUAUAAUUACGAAAAUGUUCAUUUGAGUCUAUGGAGUUCUUGUCAUUAACCUCUGUCUCUCCUGUGUUGUUCCCUUCCUUCAGGCUGAUGCUGAUGACCAGGAUGCAAUGUCCACCUCCAGUGACCUGCUGGACCUGCUGCUGCAGGAGGACGCCUGCUCAGGCAACGGCUCGGCCGCCUCUGGCUCCGGGUCCUCAGGCUCUGGCUCCGGGUCCUCAGGCUCUGGCUCUAAUGGAUGCAGCACCUCAGGGAGUGGCACAAGUGAGUUUAACACCGCCCAGAUUCUUCUUCUUAGCGCUGUGAUGGUAAAGGAUGUUUGUAUAUAGUGACUGAUAUGUUAUGAUACUAACUGAACAUGUUCCUUUUUCAACCACAGGAAGCAGCAACACCAGCAAAUACUUUGGCAGCAUUGACUCGUCAGAGAACGACCAUUCCCAUAAGCAGGCACCAGGGGGGGCCAAAGAGGCCCAGCUCAUGAAAUAUGUCCUUCAGGACCCUAUCUGGCUCCUUAUGGCGAACACAGAUGACAAGGUUAUGAUGACGUACCAAAUGCCCACCAGGUAAGAAAUCGCCAUGGUCACUGCACUACACUGUUGUCAUGGCAAUUGUAGUCAUAGUUACAUUUACCAGUCAUGAUUAAAUUUAAAUGCUAUAGCUAUUUAUUGUAAUUGUAUUUAUGAUUGAUGAUGUGCAUGGAAUGCAAGUAGUAUAUUAUUUAUUAAUACAGACUAUGAAAAAGAAAAUAAAGGCCUGCACACCAUUCUGCUCCUAAUACCACCUUUUACAGACUAUGGCAUAUCUAUGGACAUGUGAAAGAGUAUUGGUCUGUGUGAUUUUAAAGGGACAGGGAGACUGUUCUAAGGGAGGAUCGUAUGAUACUGAGGGCGGUGCAGAAACAGCAGCCGUGCUUCACUGAGGAGCAGAAGAGAGAGCUGAUCCAGGUCCAGCCCUGGAUGGGCACCGGACGCCUGCCACAGGCCAUCAACACCCCUGUAAGUCAGCACACAGACACAUACUGGAGAUAGUAGCUACACCCUGCCUCUCUCAGACCGGAAAGAUUCACAGGAAUCAGUAUAGAUGACAGUGGAGAUUUAUAAAAACAAUGUACUUGUGAAGGACGUGUUUAUUCAACUCUUGUCCCCCUCUUGUCCCUCUGCUUGUGUUUAGACUUGUACCGGGUGUGGUUCUCCUCCCGCUACCUCCGUCCCUAGGCCUUUUGAUGUGGAGCUGCAGGACAUGGAUUUGACAGGGGACCUCCAGCUACAGGAAGAGGCCACUGCACACACAGAGACACCGGUUACCAUGGCAACAGACACACAUGACACCUCCAUCCCACCACCACAAGCCCCCCAGACAGAGACUAAGGGGGGCGAGGGUGAGAGGCGAGUGGAGCAGGAAGGAGAAAGUAAGGACACCAGAGUGAAAGAGUUGGAGGUGACGUCAUCAUCCGGAACAGAGAAAGGGGACUCUGGCUGUAAACGGCAACCGAGGACUUCUAUAUGGCCAAUGACUCUAAAACACAAUGCAUUGGGACAAACGGGGGCCAAGCUCACUGUUAAUGUGUUGUGUUUGAACAAAUAAGUGAACAUGGAUAAGGAGUCAAAGAAUACCUGAUCCUGUUUAAAUACAUAGAGAAUGUAGCUCAAUGUAUAUGGAAUCUAAGAAGGUAUAAAUAUUCAAUGUAUUUAAAUGGAAAGAGAAGCCCUUAGUAAAUAUUUUAUUGGCAUGUUUGGUGCCUGGUCCCCUGUCUAAGGAGGCUUGAAGACAUGUUCCAUUUGUAAUUCACUGCUUUGGGAUUUUUCUCCCCUAUAGUGACACAUUGAUAGUUUACAAGUUAUUGUGUGUAUCAACGCAAUAUAAUUUAUUCGUCCAAAGUCCAUAUUGGAAAAUGAUGUCAAAUCUAUCGUGAAAACCAUUAAAUUGCAAAUUCAUUUUGAAAAAUAUGUUUGGUAGAAUACGUAUUACAAAUAUUUUCUAAGUCAUUUCUGAUAUUGUACAAUGUGUAUAUUACAGUAUACCUCCAACCAAGAGCUGGCAUACUACAGUUUUCUGUGGGCUGUUUUGUCAUGUAAUGUUCUGAAUGGUUCAUUUCUUUUAUAAUGCACACCGCAAUCCUUGUAAAAAGAUGUAAAGUUGUAGCCAUUAUUGGGAAAACAUCCUGACAAUUUUAUCUCCUCCAGAGAAGUACACAAAAUACAUCAAGACCAUGUUAAAAGAAAUACCCUGUUGUUUGUUUGCGUCGUUAUGGGUAUUUCUGUACAAAUAGUAUCUCAGAUUUGUCAGGCGCAGAGAUGGGUGUUCCCAUGGUAACAGAACAGCUGGAGCCAGUCUUGUUG